GGGGGAUUUGGGAUUUUCUUCCUGGGCGGGGGGGGGAUGAGGGGGGGGGCAGCGUUGCGCUUCCGGGCCGGCGCCGGGGCCGAUCCCAGCCCCGGGAGGGGAAGGGGGCAGAAAGCUUCCAGACGCCGCAGCCUCGGAAGACGAGCAGGGAGCGAAGACACCGGCCGCACGCCCCCCCGGUGCAUGGUGCCGUUAACGUGACAGAUAUCUGCAGCACUCUGCCUAAUCAACACUUCAGAUGCCAUCCAACUGGGGAGCAGCUCGUGCCACGAGAGGUCUUUAAUGAAGUGGGACAGCCAUGGAGAAGAGUGGGAACAUUCAGCUGGAGAUUCCUGACUUCAGUAACUCUGUCCUGAGCCACCUGAACCAGCUGCGCAUGCAGGGCCGCCUGUGUGACAUCGUGGUCAACGUGCAGGGGCAAGCUUUCCGCGCUCACAAGGUGGUGCUGGCUGCCAGCUCGCCCUACUUCCGCGACCAUAUGUCCUUGAACGAAAUGAGCACAGUUUCCAUUUCUGUCAUCAAGAACCCGUCUGUUUUUGAGCAGCUCCUUUCCUUUUGUUACACCGGUAGGAUAUGCCUGCAGCUGGCUGACAUCAUCAGUUACCUAACGGCCGCCAGUUUCUUGCAGAUGCAGCACAUCAUAGACAAAUGCACGCAGAUUCUCGAGGGAAUUCACUUCAAAAUCAACGUAGCAGAGGUGGAAGCGGAGUUGAGCCAGACCAGGACAAAGCAUCAGGAGAGACCCCCGGAGUCUCACCGGGUGACGCCAAAUCUCAACCGUUCCCUGAGCCCUCGUCACAACGCCCCGAAAGGGAGCCGCCUGGGCCAGGUUAGCACAGUGCUGGACAUCCGGGAGCUCAGCCCACCAGAGGAGUCCACCAGCCCCCAGAUCAUCGAACAGAGCUCAGAUGUGGAAAGCAGGGAACCCAUCCUGCGGAUCAACAGAGCGGGACAGUGGUAUGUCGAGACGGGAGCAGGAGACCGCGGCGGACGGAGCGAUGAUGACGUCCGAGUGCUGGGAGGAGUGCGCAUUAAAAUGGAGAACCUGGAGGAGUGGCUAGGGGCAGAGAAUCAGCCGUCAGGAGAAGAUGGGAGCAGUGCUGAGGAGGUCACAGCGAUGGUGAUUGACACCACGGGCCACGGAUCAAUGAGCCAAGAGACUUACGCGUUAGGGUCCUCAGGGGCCAAAGUAGUCAGGCCGACCAGCAGUGAGAUUGACAGAUUUAGCCCUUCUGGCAGCAUGGUUGCUGUGACUGAGCGGUACAGAUCAAAAAGCGAGUCUCCCGGGCGGAUGGAUGAGCCCAAGCAGCCCAGUUCCCAGGGGGAAGAAUCAGCCAUGAUUGGAGUGAGUGGUUACGUGGAAUAUCUCCGGGAGCAGGAAGUUUCGGAGCGCUGGUUCCGGUACAACCCACGGCUCACCUGCAUUUACUGCGCCAAAUCCUUCAACCAGAAGGGCAGCCUGGACCGGCACAUGCGGCUCCACAUGGGCAUCACGCCUUUUGUCUGCCGCAUGUGUGGGAAGAAGUACACCCGCAAGGAUCAGCUGGAGUAUCACAUCCGCAAGCACACAGGCAACAAGCCCUUUCACUGCCACGUCUGUGGCAAAAGCUUCCCUUUCCAGGCCAUCCUCAACCAGCACUUUCGCAAGAACCACCCUGGCUGCGUGCCUCUGGAGGGGCCUCACAGCAUUUCCCCCGAGACCACUGUCACGUCUCGGGGGCAGGCAGAGGAAGAGUCUCCCCCGCAGGAGGAAGCUGUUGCUGUGGGGGAGACGGCACAGGGAUCUGUGUCCACCACUGGGCCAGACUGAAAGGCAGCGGCAGGGUGUGGGGAGGAAGGACCACCUUCCCGUUUUGGCUCUAGAGAGUCAGCACCAACCUGGCAGGCUGGUACUGUAAUUAGUGCAAUGCCACCAUUGGACAGAAAGAAGCUCCCAAGAUGUUGCCAAAAUAGAAAAAUCUUUCUCACUCUCUCUCUUUCUCUCACAACACCCCACAAACAUAGUGUUAAAGGUUUUUCCUCCCUUAUUCCUCAUCUUCCUGAGGAAAAACAAGACAACUGUGUCAAUCAACUUCUUCUUAUUCAGGGAUCGACAGGAUUUAAAAUUUUUGUAAUGUUCGAUAGCGAUCAUCCGGGACAAGCAGUCCUUUUUAUUUCUCAAAAGAUUGUGGCCCAGCUGCCAAUUCCUGCCGGCGCAGAGCCAGCGAGCCUGGCUGCUCCUCGCUGCGUCUUCUGGCCUGCAUCAGAGGGGCAAGCAGGGGCGAGGGGCACUUGCCUUUCUCCCUUUCCCAGGUAGUGGCCACGUUAAAAAAAACAAACAGACUGUCCUAGUGGAACCUGCCUUGCCUGACUAUAUUUAUCCCUGUCUUAUUUUUGGUGUGUCUCUUUUUACAUUUUUACGUAAACUAUUAUUUUAGGGCUUUUGGCUUGCCCGUUCCAGGCGUGUGGCCUCCUGCCCCUUGUUAAAAGCGGGCAGGGCUAUGAAGCAGCAUUCUAGAGGUCAGCAAAAUUUGAAGCGCUUAGGCUACUGAAAGUGAAAUUUAGCAGCUGUGAGGUUUGCGUCACUCUAAUGUGUGGGGAGAAGGUUUGGAGGGGUCUUUUGGAGAGGGUUGUCCUCUGCUGGUGCUAAUCUGGAGGGUUCGGAGCGCUCCGACGUCCUGAGCGGUGCGCUGCCGUGCUUCAGGUGCUGCCAGGCUUUAGGAAGAGGUUUGUUUGCUGGCGGAAUGGAGGAGUUAGAGGCUGACUACCAAAGUCGUCCUUCACCCCAGCUCCCCCCUUGACACGCACUUGAUCUUUUAUAACAGCAAUAUGGUUUACUGAGAUACUGUAAUCCCAGCCAAGCAAUCAUGGGUGGUUGCUUUUGAACAUGUUUCUACAAACUAGUUUGAUAACUUUUUUAUUGCUGAAAUGAAAAAAGAAAACCCUACUUUAUUUCCUCGUAAUGGUUCAGGAAACUUAAUAUCAGUGGUUCCUAGAGCAAUCACAACUCUGUCCCGUUGCAUGGACUUGAACUUUUGUAUUCUAAGAAGCUCUGAUGUUUAGAGCAAGUUUAGCAAACCUGGAGAGACAUGCCUGUGUUGUGUAUUGUAGGUGUUUGCACGUGCUUACGUGUUUCCUAAACAGAAAAGCAUGGGACAGGUAGAUAAGUGCAAAUAUCUUGACAUCUUCUGAAGAAGUCUUUUUAAAAAUAUGCAAUACUUUAAGAGUUUUCUUUGGUUCUAUUGCUGAGUUGUUGGUGAUGGAAGGGGAAAAUGCACGACAGGUUGCGCAGAUCGGGUUUGGGAGAGGACAUUUGGUUGAAGGGAUUCUCUUUAGGAUGUUUAAAGUGUGUCUUAGGGAAGGAUGAAUUUCUGAUCCUUAGGAUGAUGGGAGGAACAAUGAGACAUUGAAAAAGAAACACAUUCCAGCUUGCUUUCGCAAAGAAAGCUGGACAAGUGGUUACAGCGUGGUCUUGGCAGGCAGGAGGCUUUCUGAGUUUAAACAAAGCUUCUCCUGCUGCCUGCCUGCACAGCUUCGGGCACAGGAAAUAUUUCCUGGCCUCGCUUUCCCCACCUGCAAAUUGGGACUCGUGAUCAUUUUCCUGCCCCAUUAGAGGCAAGAAUUCGGAGAAGGGUGAAGUGGUCUUGCCCGCCUUCCACUUCGAAGAGGCAAAGGGUCUCGCUGUUCCUCCCACGUCUCUCAAAAGGCAGACGUGGCUCUGAUGCUGUGGUGUGUGGGGAGGGGAAGGGCUUGGUGCCAGGAUCAGGUGCACCAGGGACGUGCUCCUAAGAGAGGAGCCUUGGCAGGUGUUCUGAGCAGGGCACCUGCCCAGCGCAAGUUCCUUGACCGUUUCGAACAGGACAACUGACAUCUCCCCUUCCGUUUUCCUUCUGUCCCUUCUUCUUCCUCUCCUGUCAAGUGCAUCGACACGCAGGGGAUGAUGUUCUGAGCAGCCAACCAAGGGACCAGCCCCGUUCAGUUUCCUGUCAAAGGUCAAAGAGUAAGGUUGCCAGAGAGUAGUCGCAGAAGAUGAGAGGUAAGAGGGUGGCUAAGGUAGGUUUUGUUGCAAUCGAGGUGCGGGGAGGAGCGGAGAUACGCAGAGUAUGCUGCUUUAGUCAUAGCUUUUGAAGUUACCAAAAAUCAUUAAGAAAAAAAGUUAAAAACUUUGAAGUCCUAUCCCGUUCACACUAGAGAGUGUCAAAAGUUACUUUUAGUUGCUUCAAAGAUUUUUUUAAGUGUUUUAAAAUAGAACUUUUAAAAGAAUACUACCAAACUAUAAAAACAUAAGAUUAUUUAUAUACAUAUAUUAUAUAUAAAUAUAGUGGGAAAGUUUCCCUGCUAAGCUUGCUGUGAAGAGAAGGGUGAAGGUGCAGUAACUGCUAUACAAGCAACAUUUUUCAGAAACAGAUGGCAACUGAUCCGUCAAAGCUUAGUGAUGAAGGGCUGACAUAAAAUGGUGAAUGCCUUACUUGUAUGGCAUAGCUGUGAGUUUCUUGAGCAGGUUUUUGUUUUUGUUUUACUGUAUUGAUACUGUGAAUGGAGGAGCAUCCUAGCAGCCCGGGGUGAGAUUGGUGCAUCCUGUUUGGCUGAUUUGCUACUUUUAAUUGGCCUGGUGAAAGUCGUGAAAUUGUUCCUUCAUAUUGUUCUAGGCUAGCCUGAAAACAAAGCUUGUGAAAGGUUUUCUUUUUUUCUUUUUUUUUCUUUUUUUCUUUUUUUUUUUUUUUUGGUGCAGAGGUUGCCACUGUACAAAUGAUCAUUUCUGAUUGCAUGCAAAAGAGCCAAUAUUCUUGCCCAGGCCUCGUUGAGGUGAAGUUUAUAAGCUUGUAACUAGAGUCAGUAUAAGGAAUGGUAGUGGGAAUCAUUUUAAUAUUAUUUCUGUACAUUUAAUGGACAUGUAUGUGUACGUAUGUGUGGAAAUCAUGGUGUCUCUAAUGCUUUUGUGAGCCGUGCUGAAAGCCGUUGAGGCCAGCUGCGCUAGGAGAGGGAACCAGUUCAGGAGGAGUUGUUUGUUCAACUUUUCUUUCAGCGAUCGGCUUCCUCAGCGCAGAUGCGGCUGCGACUGCAGGAUCAGGGCUUGGAGGCUGUGUGCAGGAUGGAAAGACCUCGUGUGAGUUUUCCAGCAGUGCUGCAGCUGCCUGGGGUCGCUUCCCGUAGCGGCGUGGUAACAUCUUUUGUUGCAUCUCCAUCUUGCAGCUCCACUGAAGCUGUGGAGAAACAGGUGCCGGCUUUCCAAGUACCAGUGCUUCUGUGAUGGGUUGAGGCACGGCUUGGCAUUUCCACAUCUAGCUUCAGCUUUUUCCCCUUUGCCAAAACUGUGAUUUCAACUGUGAUUCAAGGAGGAUGUGAAGCGAACUGUCGUGUUUUAAUACCUCUCUAACUUAACAUUUCUGUCAGCUUCAGAGCUAGGGCUUGCUAACCCGUUUGUUUGCUCGCCUCAGGCAGCAGGGGGAACGUGCUCUGUUUCUGCAGCCUUCCUUUUUGGAGGGGGAACGCAUUCCAGAGGUCUUUGCAGCGGCAAGGAAACCUUCCCGAUGUGAAGUGUUGCGGUUCUCCCCUUGAGCCUGCAGAAAGCCCCAGUGCCAAGGCACAGCAGGGCAAAGCACGGUGCUGCGGACGUUCCCUGCUGCUGCUGGGCUCCCUGUGAAUAGCUGUGAAAAUAACAGGAAUUGUGUUAAUACUGUGCUGCUGCUUGGGGGACAAGCUAACAGCCUUCCUCUCGGGAGGAUGACUGGCGUAGGGCUGGAAGAGAGAAAGAAGCAGAACAGGCCGAGGCUGCUUACUUGCAGCAGCUACAGAGGGGGGGUUGUGAAAUGUGAAUUUCUAACGGGAGGCAGAGAACAUGCUUGGCCACCUAACGCUGGCCGGGAACACCGGCCUGUGCAGAGCAGUCCCGUGGCGUGGUCGUGCCGCCUGCCGCUGGCUUCCCGGUGCAGCUCCUCGUCAGGCUGCUGCCGCCAGCUUGUGGCCUUUUGCCUCACCGGUGUCUCCUCUGAAAUACUUUUAAGCUGUGAUCUGUUUAACCGAGCUUGCCGAAGUUUGGGUGGCUGAAGGCAGGAAGAAUAGAAAGCAUGUAGUGCUCCUGCGGCUGUUUCAAACCUGGCCGAGGUUGGCAGGGGCUGACCAUGGGCACCGGCCAGCCGCCGGCGCUGGAAUGGUGCUUGGAGCAAGCUGCGGUCUCGUGGGAAGGCACGGCGGGGCAGGCACGGGGCCAGGAGCUCAGCCCUCUUCAAACCGAGGCCAAAACACAUCAGUGAGACCGAUCUCUCUGCUCGGCCUGCUCCUGCUUUGUGACAACUCAGUGAUUUUGUUGGCCAGGGCAGUUAGUCCCACGCCUCUCCGCAGCGAUGAUUUCACUUAAUAAUUUCAUGUAAAAGUUUGAUGCGCAGUUCUUUAAAUAUUUGUAAGCAGUCUGGUCCUUGAGGACAGUCCUUCUUUGGGUGAUGGAACCCACGUUGUGCGUUUGCAAGAGCAGCGUUGUAGCUUUUAUUUGCUUGGGCCUUCCUCUUCCCAGCAGAAGCCAGUGUACAAAACGACAACUGAAAAGGUGCAGUUGGUUUGGGAGGAAGGUAGCUUGCAAGAGAGACUGAGUCAUGCAGCUUUAACGCCGAGGAAAAUUAGCACCCCUUAAACUUAUUAUUUAAUCUUCAUAAUAACCUUCUGUGUGAUACUUGACGUGCCAACGUCGCUGUGCCAUUCAGGCAUCCGAGUGUUCCUGCAGCUAAGUGACACUGAUGCUGUUCUUCCCAGAAAAGUUUUGGGCAUGGGAGAGGUCAGGUUCAGAGAGGUUCAGAAAACUUCUGGUGUUUCUUCUAGGCUUGGGCUCCGAGUUUCUGCAGUCAGAAACCCGGAGUCUUUGGGUGGAGCUGACUGCUAUUAUUCUGUAAGGUGGUGGUCCAGCGGUGAGCAUUACCCACGCCAGGGGCUGAGAUCAUGCACAGGGCUUUGAUAUCAUCAGCGGAAGGUCCUAAAGAGCAGCUAAAUAUCUUUAUUUUAAUCAUUGUCACUCAAAGGAUAUUUUAAUAUAAAAUGCGUACAUACAUCUGUAUGUAGGUUUAUAUAGAGAGAUAUAUUUGUAACCAAAUAAAAGCUAGAACUAUGCAAACACUACAGGCUGCUGCUUGAAACUAACACCUACCAGAAUAUUUUGGAAUACUUUGGAGUAUAUUUGUUGCCUUUUCUUUUUUUUUUUUCUUUUAAAUAAAAAAUGCAGCAGGGGCCAAAGUUUUGCUGCAGUUAGUCUCACUAGAAGCUUAGAUCAUUCUGAAUCUGGAAUCCGCUCAUAAGUGGGUUAUAAAAGUAUCUAAGGAGUCCUCCAAACUCUAAAAUAUAUCCAGCUGCAUUAGUAUUAUUGCUGAAAGGCUUUUGUUUGCAAAACAUAGGAAAAUUCAGAGGCUGGGACUGGGAGAGAUGGAACUGUGGUGUUAGGGAUGGUAGGUAGAGAAGAGGUAGAGUCAAUAAUGCGGGUGUUUGAAGAGGAAGGCCUGGGAGCAUUUUCUUUCCAGACAUAGGACUGAGUUGGCUGCAAGGCAUCUUCAUUGUGAACAUCUCCGUCCUUGGGACGGAGGCUGUGAUCGAAGCAGGACUGGGCUGAGUUCUGGUCCCAGGGAGGUACUGGAAAUCUUCCUGUUGAGACUGAUGGUGCCAGAGUUUAGCCUGCUGGGAGAAAUUUCACGGGGUUUCUACCGUUUCUUUGUGUCGAAUCCGAUCUUUGCUUUUAGGUUUAGCUAAAACAUAUCUGUCUGGAAUCUUCACUGACCCGUUUGACUUUUUGUUCUUAGGGACUGUAGAAAAUUCAGGUUUCUUAUAACAUUAUCCUCAUCCCAACUGUGAACAAGUUACUACUGCUUCUAAUUUAUUGUCUUUCUGUUCCUGAACGUCUGUGUCAUCUGGCUGAUUACCAGUGCCACCUUGCAGUGCUCCAUUAGCUUUUAUGCACAGGGAAUUGUUGCAAUGGAUAAGGUGAUGAAGCUAGUUGGAAGAGUAGAAGCCUUUGGAGAGUAGCUUUUGCUUCCUCUAGCUGUCGUUAGGGAGUGCACACACACGUACCAGUAUAUGCAUAUAUAUGUAUACAUAUAUAAAGUAUUUCAGUAUAAACUCAUUUAGCAUUAUUGUUUAAUUUAUAUUUUAAUCCAGUUAUAAACCAAAGUAUUACAGCUUGUGAAAUGAUGCUUCUUGGAAAGAUCGUUGUUGACAAAAAUGCAGGUAAGAUGGAAGAACUUGUUCUUUUGAACCCUAGAGACUGGAAACCUCGGGCGGAUUUAAGGCGUGCUAGUAAGGUUGGAUUGUGGGGAGGCAGCGUGGGUGAGCACGUGAAAUGCUGUUGGUUUUUUCCUCACGCAGUUUAACUUGGUGCUGGAGGAACUGCUACAGGAGCAGUGCGGCCUGGCGGCUGGCAGAGACGAGGCACUUGCCUCUGCUGGAGGUGGUUUGAGUUCGUGCUUUGACCAGGUCUCGGCAGCGCUUCUGCUGCUGGACUGCCCCAGCAGAACUGCUCCGGAGCCCGAGCCGCCCCGCUGUGCCUGUUGGCCACAAAGCACCGCACCUCUGCCCUGCCUGGUGAUUUGGGUACUUUAAAGAAGAAUAAGGACUUCCCUGCUGGAAUGCCUCGAGGAUUUUCCUGCAAGGGAACUUGAGGGUGGCUUUGCCUUAUGCUGUAAGGUGGAUCUAAAGUGAUCCUCUUCCUGACCCUGUCCUGGUCAGCGCGGGAUUAGGGUGAAUUUUUGAUAUCGACAGGACAGACUGACUCGGUUCUGGCACUGGUUCUGCCUCUGUCCCCAGCGGCUUGCUGUUUUCAAGCUGUGCUGUCUAACCAGGGUUGGAGGCAAGAGGUUCGCAUUGAGGUGGAGUAGAGCUGCCACUGGACCCAGUGCUCCAGGGCUUUGGCUCCUCUGUGCUGUCACAGUGAUUAAAGCCAGCCCCGAGGCAGUUUCCAGGGCCUUCUGAAGGCUUCUGGACAUCUUUGACGUACAGAGAAGUGGUUUUGUUAAACAAAAUCAAGGCUUAAAGAUGCAGCAUUCUCCAUGGCACUUAAGUGUUCUGUAGGAAAACAAGCACAUUCUGGCAAGCCCAGAAGUAAAAAGGGAGAAGGUGGCAAAUCAGACUGUGGUCUGGCACAACUGGGUGCUGGAGAGAGGAGGCCACAAAAACAACUGCCAGUGUGUUCAGUCUCUAGCUUACUCUUUUAGAAAACAGGCACUUGCUAGUUAGUGAUGUCUAGAGGUGCAGGUAUUUUGUAGUAACCUCUGAAGAGGUACACGUUCUGCUGUCAGCAAUGGAAAGAGGAAAUGGGUUCAGAAGUGAAAUCUGGCUGUUUUUUUUCUCUAUGGGGGGAGUAAUUGCCUUUCCGAGGAACUUACAAAUGCUACAACUUGACCACAAAAAGUCUCCUGCAGGCUUAGCAGCAGCCAUACUUCCUCUUGCUCUCCUGCUCAGCCCGCAUGCCAGAGGCUCUUUUUAUAGCAAGCUUCCCUGCAUCCCUCCUAUCGAGCAGUGUGAUACCCACCCACCCUUGUUGAUUAAGUUCAUUUAAUACUCUCCAGCAGGAUUAGUGCGUACUCGCAGCUCCUGGUGUACAUGCAAUACAAUUUUUAGCUCCUGAGUUCAGAUCUGGCAAAUAUAAAAAGCCUGUAAGCUAAUCUAUUUCUAAUUGUAGUCACUGGGGACUGUGGGCUGAGUACAAGAGCCCUUCUGUGCUGCACCAGUGCCUAGCAAAGCGUCACGGCCUCUGCUUCGCUUGGGUUUUGUGAGGAAAGAAAUUCCAUCAGGCUGAGGCAUCCCGUAACCCUCCUUGGGGCAGGAGGACACUUCUCUGCUCUGGUGGCAGGGAGGAGAGGUACCUUAGACUGAGCUCUGGCUGCUAACUGGGCAGAACAGUUACUGAGACAGUCGUAUGUGAAAUUUCUGCCACUUCUCUUUAAAUAACUUUCAGUAAUAUAUAUCUGUACAUGCAUAGCAUUAGUUUUACAGAAAGAUAGCCCUUUUUGCUGAAAAUGCCCCAAACUGAACAUUGAGUAGCAGCAGUGUGCUGCACAGGGCGGCGGCUCCUCGGUGCUUAGGGGGUCACUGCAGGGGUGUGCCUGAGGCUUUGGGCAAGGGCGUUGGAAUUCCCUUCCCUUGUAAUUGCUCUGAUGGCUUUGGGACGCUGCCCACAAAGCUGCUUUUUGUUUUUAAAGCUUUAAUUCCUAUCAUGGAAAUGCUGAAAAAUCACAGGUCACCUCCUCCCUGAUUACUUUUAAGCUGUUUAGGUAAAUCUUGACGUGGCAUGAUGGCUUUCACUUUGUCGUCUACAUGCAACUUCUCCAUGAACUAGCCCAGAAGAGCCAGCCCACUGCCAACAGAGCCAGCCCACUGCCAACGGGUUUACCUCUGCUGUUCAGGCACCUGCACUAGGAAACUUGUCGGACUUCACAGACAAUCGGUUCAAGUCGGGGGCUGUAGGAUCUGAUGCUCGUAGCAGGGCUUCCCUGCUGCCGAGGGGCUGGGUUAGCUGGGGGACCAGAGCUGGGGGCUGUGCCGCAGCCUGGACCAAGUCACCGGGUGCUGGUGCCGACUUGUUGGGGUCCGUGAUGUGAGGGACAUGGGCUGGGCUUUCUCCUAAAGUUUGCCUCGUGACUUCCCACAGACUGCUGCCUUCAGCGGCAGGACUGUCAGCACCGAGGAUGUGCUGGGGGGAUCUGGGCAGGGGAUCCCGUAGCUUCAGAACCAGAAGCAGCGGGACGUGCCAAGCGCUUCUGCGAAUGAAGAAUAAAACCUGCUUUUGGCAGGGUGGUAGAGCAGACCUGGGGGUACUGGCUGGUAACAUAUGUCCAGGUACUUGUUUUUGCAGGGUGAGAUGAGCCAUUUCAGAAAUCUGGGCAAGGAACAGUGGUAGCGUUUGAGCCCUGCCUUCUCACUCCAGGCGGCCACCGAGACCCGCAGCAGGUACGUCCGUGCCGCCGCCGAGGUGGGAGGGAAGGGAGCCCCGGCACCCAGCCGGGAGCAUGGAGCUGGCACGCUGCGGGGGGAGAGGCAGCCCCCCGUGCCAGAGGUGCCCCAGGUAAAUGGGCACCAUCAGUUUCAUUAAAAAAAAAAAAAGUAUUCUAAUUGGGUGAUGGUGAGCUGGCAAGGAAAGUAGGUUGGCAAGGAGGGGAAGAAGGCACAUGUCCCCUGAAAUACGAGGCAAGCUCAUCUGCUCUCAGCACUGGCCGUGGCUGUUGCCACUGGAAGGCAACAGGAGGUGUUGAGUGGAACGGGGGUAGGUGAAACGACAGCACAGCAUCCCUGGGGAGAAGCGUGUGGAUAUUGCGGGCAGGGAAAGGGCUGUUUUGGAACCUGCCUGUGUGCGGGAGCGUGCGGGAAGCCUCGUGGUCUUGGAAGACAAGAGAUGCUCACGCCCAGUUCAGAAGCAUUGGAGCUGAACAUCACCAGUGUUCUCUGCUCUGGGAUCUGUAGAGCUCUUCAAGGGAUCUGAGAAUGGAACCUAAUGAAAUGAGCCAGGCUGUAGUGCAGGAAACUUUGCCCUGCAGAUUUUGGAAACUCCCUUGGGAGAACCUCAAGGGUGGCAAGUGACAGUUGAGAACAGGUAGCACCAGGCAGAUUUCAAAGUGCUGUUUUCUGAAUACUGUGCUUUCUAGCAUGUGUUAAAGCUGUUGAAGACAGAAGUUUGCUUUCAUUUCAGUACUCUCUCCUUCAUGCCAUUCCUUCUACUUAAACUCUGCAGCCAAGGAGAGGGUACAGAGAAGACAGAACCAAACCUCUCAGAGGCGCAUGGUGGAAGGAGCAGCAGCAGUAGGCAGAAGUUUGUACACGGGAAGUUCAGGUUAGGUAUAAUGAGAAACUUUUUCACCAUGAACAUAGCCAAACAUUGGAACAGGUUGUCCAGAGAGCCUGUGAGCUCUCCAGCCUUGGAGAUACUCAAGACCUGGCAGGUAAAAUCCUGAGCAACCUGCUUGAAGCAAGCCCUGCUUCAAGGUGGGAGGCUUGGACCCAAGGGUCUGCCCCUCCCUCAGGUAUGUGGGGCUCCUCUGUCACCCCACAGGGGUGUGAGGCACUGCCCCGCCACAUGCUGUGAAGCGAGGGGUAGAGCCUUACCCCACCACUGCAUUUCCAUGUCACAUUGUGUUUUUUUUUAAUUUGUCAAGGAUUAAUCCAUGACAGAGCAUCUUGUCUACAAAGGUCUGUGGAGAAGUCCAGCUGCGCCCAAGCGUGAGUGCAGCUUCCUUUUUUUCAUCAGACUAAGCCAAGCUAUAUAUAUAUUUUUUAUAGAAUUAUCAUAUAAAAAUGGGCAGCUUUAAUGGGCUUCCUAGUUCCUAUCAGUUAAGCUUUUGAAAUAUAUUCAGGUGUCUUUUAAAUACUGCUGUGUAACUUCCUUGUUUAAUCUGACAUAUUCUGAGUUAUUAUUUUUCUGCAGUUGUCUAAGGCAGUACUUUAAGAAAAUAAGUGCAUUAAUUUUUUGCCAACUGUCAGUUAUGUUAAGCCUCCAGCUUUACUUAGAUUUUGUAAAUGUGCUUAAUCCUCCUCAGCUUUAUGGUUAAAUGUCUUCAUUAUUUUUAUUAUUAAUUGCAGUGAACUUAUUUAUUUAAACCUUCCCAUUAUGUUUGCAGUCUGAACCAAUACCAUUCACUAAGGCCCACAAAAACUGUGAAACUCACUAGAAAGUAAAAAUGAAGCUAAAUUGGUUAAUUUUACUACUGGUCAUAAAAUACAGGAAGUAGCAGCAUAAAAAAAAAAUAAAUUGCUGAGUCUGGGGGAGGAAUUAUGAAGCCUCAGACAAGAAACUUCACUUGGAAAUGAGCUACAACCUGAUGAUCUUUCACUGGUUCCCCAUUUGGGCAAGGUCAGAAGUUGUCUUGAGAUCGAGAGGUUUUUCUGGGGUCCUUUUUUUUUUUAUUGAUGCGUUUAGGGCAUUGGUUUGGUCUGGAUGCUCCCAUGAUGCUAUUUUCUUAGACAUCUUACACGUCUAAGGAAACUAUGGAUUACUGUGAAGCUUUUAUUUAAUACUUUAUUGCAUUAAGGUGGUAACUGAGCAACUGUCGGCUUAACAGAGGCAUGGGCUGGUGGGGAGAAGGAAGGUGCCAUGCCGUUGUUGAGGCAGGUAGCUGUGAGUUACACUAACACAACAGGGACAGUGCAAUUCUCUGGAUUACAGCUUCGAGUCUGGCUAAAAGCGUGAAACGUGCCUCGCAUCACCCCUGCGGCUGGUCCCUGGCCCUGGGGUGCUUUUGCUGGAUGCACCAACGUGACCAAAAGUCAAAGUGAAGCAGGCUCACGUUUGCUCUGUGAAAAUACAGGGACGGGGUUGCUGUCAGCACAGGCUGUCCUGUGUGCGUGCUUAGAGGCUGAGGGCAAACAUGGUCUCUGAUGAAGAUUCAGGGACUCAUUUUGUGCGUGGUGCAGGUACUUUCCUUAGGGGUUUGAGAGUUUCCAAAGCCAGGGUUCUGCUGUUAGGUGAAGCAGCAGAUCUGGAUCGCAGGAUCCAGAUGGAUCACAUCCAUUUGGGGAUGGAGGGCAGAAUUUGUCCUGCCCAAGAUGAAAGCCCUUCAGCUCCCCUGAAGUUCUUGCCUGGGAAAAAGCCCUGCGCCACUUUCCAGGGCUGUGUUGUCACAGAGCAAGCAACUAUGAGAAAGAUGUUGAAGUGCAAGGGGAGCGUUGUCACUCAAAUAAGGCAUGUUUCUUUUGUGAUCGUGUACGUAAUAUUGCUGACAGGUAGGAGAAGACAGGCCAAGGACAGAGUAAUCCUUGCUGGCAGAACAGGGACUUCGCUGAAUAAGCUCUUUUAAAAGUUGAGUUAGGAAGAGAAUAAUAUGCAGCUCUAUGUUCUUGUGGUAAUUUAUUCCUCACCUUGGGCCCCAUGCUUGCAAGGAGGGCCAGUGAAGGACAAGGGCAGACUGUAUCGGAGGCUAGUUGACAGAAAUGAAAGCAAGCUAUUCAAAAUAGUGCUUUUGUCUGAAAAAGGGAAGGGAACGUACAUCGUUUUCCCCUAAGCCUCUGGUCUCUUAAACACUAGCUAAAGCUCUCGUGAGCUGUGCCCCAGUUGUUGCUGAAGGUGCCCUCUGCCCCCUUCUUUCCCCAGCCUCACCCCCCUUUCCUGUACAACACUGUGAAUAGGACACCAGUAGCUCUUUUUAACAUUUCCAUUGAACUUGCUCAGAGCAUGAAAUGCUGUCCGAUGCUGUCACGUGGUGACACUGCAGAAGAUGAGCUGUGACUGAGAGCCCUGUUCAGCCCAACAAUAACCCCCAAACAGGGACACCGCUGAUUUAGCGCUUCCACGUGGAACAGUGGAAGAGAAGAGCAUUGUAACAGGAGUUAACAACCUAAGUGGCUUUAUAUAGCAAUUUGCUAAUCAAAUUUGAUUUCGUAACGAGCUAAACUGACAAUCAAUUUCUAAAAUAGAAAAAGCCUCUUGGAGGGAAUAGUCGAGUAUGUCUUCAACAGAAAGAUUUAACUGGGCUAACUUCUAACGAAGAGCACAGGAUUUUUUUUCCUUUUUGGUUUUGAGCAAUCACUCCAGAAAUUGAGUUGCGUUAAGCAGCAGAAGAUUCGCAGGACAGUAACUACCUCUCUCUCUCGGAGUGCUGAGGUUGCCAUGCUACACACUAUCAGCAAAGCUUUCACUUCAAACAGAUUUGUUUUCCUUACCUCCGUUUCAGAAACGCAGGUCUGCUCUGUAAAGUGACUCUAUGAAAAUGGCAUCGGGCAGGAGCGGGGAGAGCCUUUCAGGUGCCACAGUCCCCCUGACGCUGGUUCCUCGCCAUGCAACCCCUGGGGACGAGCUGUGGGGCUGUGAGCGUGCAGGGUGCGUGCGUUCCUUCGCGUGUCCUGCGUCGCAGCAAGCUGGCCGGGGGCUGCAGGCUGAACUGCUAACCAAGACCCGAGCUAGCAGCACGGAGGGGGAGAGGAGAAUCCCUCUCCCUUCCGCCUCCAAGGGAGCAAGAGCAGUGAAAAGCAAUAAACUUAAAUAAAAAUAACACUUUUAUACGUCGGUCAUUAGUCAGCAGAUCUGACUCUGCAAAUUUAUAUAUAUUAUACAAACAUACAGGGAGCAGAUCUGUCACGAAAAGGUGCCAUUUUUUUCUAAACAGAGUCCCUUUCCAAACUAGAACAGCACUUUAAAAAGGUUCCUCUUAAAUAAAAAAAUAAAUAAAAAAGAAAAAAAAAAAAGAAAAACCCUUUACUGAAGAAAUGCACUUUAAACGUAAGAUGAGUAUGGCUGUUGCAGGCUUUCGAGACAGCCGUACAGGCAGGGGGCUCGCCGCCAGCCACAGCCCGGGAGGGAGCGAUGGUGCCAGACCCUCGGCUGCCACCGGCAGCCCCAAAACUACCGCAGCUCUACCUCCCGCUCCCGCACCCCUCCGGGCCCGGCGCUGCCCCUGCCAAUGUUAUGGAUAGGAUUUUCCACCCCGACCGCAAAGCUGGUCGCAGCUCAGCCGUGCUGUAGCACUAACAGGACUGGCAUGCGUUGACCUGUUGGAAUACUUUUGUAACAUGAUCAAAAAAAACAACAAAAAAAACACCCUUGCCUGUAAAGACUCCUGAAACCCCAUUUGUGGUAGGUCAGAAGUUGCACCCAGUUGUGACAUAGCAGGCGGCCUAUCCGUGGGCACCAGGCUGCGCAAAGCCUUGGUGAAGCUGUUACUGAGGUUGGGGGGGAGUCCGUACUGUAGAUAUGGAGCCCUAGUCAGUUCAGUAUUUAAAAAUAAUAAUUAAAAUCCAAGUUGGUGUGUCCCACAUUGAUUCCGCUCUAAGCUGCUUUGCAGAGUAACCAUUAAUAAGAAAAAUUGUGCUGUCACCAUCAGCUGUUGGCCUAGAAAUCCAACUUUUUAGGACAAGUGUCCUAAGACUCAAGACUUAUUUUCACAGUUCAGAAAUUUCCUGCUGUGCUAUUAUUUUUUCAAUUUUAUUUUUGGUUGCAAUCCUUGUUUCAAAAAAAAAAAAAAGUCAGUGUUCACACUUAGUCUGCAGUAGGUUGAAGUGUGAUCCUGCUGUGUGUAACUUGUGGAUAUCAGACUGUUCUUAAAAUGAUUUUACAAGCUGUACCCAAGCUGGUCCUCUGCCAUGGCUUUUCUUUUCCUCGUCCAGUGGCAGCUGGCAGAGGCAGAUGCCCCAGUGGGGCUGCCUGCUCGCGGGCUGGUCACAUACAGCAACAGCCGCUGCUGCUGGAAGGGGCCAGGCAAAGGCAGCGCAAGAACCAGAGUUGGGGAAGGGGGAAAAAAAACAAAAGGCAGAGGGAUUGUACAAUUGCAUUUAAAGCAGUUUAACAAAAAGCACUCUCGUCAGACAGCUUUAAGAACAAUGUGAAUGAGAACUUAGCAACUUGGGUAGGAAUCUUUGAAAAUUCUAUAAAUGUAUACUUGAAAUUCUGUUUGUAUUAAAACAAAUUGCAUUUUCUUCUUUCUUUUAACACUGUGUAAAAGAACAUUAUGCAUGUGAGUGGUUUGAGAAUUAAAUGGUUUAAUACUCAGA